CGACGAACAAAGAUGCCGCGGUCAAAAGAGAAAGCGAUCCGUUACGAGAAUAAGCUUAAACCCGGUGAUAGGCAAAUUUAUAAUCCAAGAAGCAAAAAACUCCGAGAAUCUAAUCUUCUCACCUGGGAAGAAGUUAAUAUGGAAAAGAGGAACGAGGUUAUCAAUGAGAUUAUAGAUCAGCUGAAAAAUCCGGAUUUCUCUGAAGUGAAGAGCGAUGAUGUCGAAAAAAGCAUAACAAAGAAGUUGAAGGCAUGGAUAUACGAGGGCAUGGCGGAAAACCGGGCGAAAAAGAAUGCGUCGUCAAGUGCCGCUACCCCGGCGCCCAAGACAACUCUGCCUUACGACCCUGUCCUGGCGGCCGCUGCACAGCAAAAAACCAGCUCUCAGAUGUGCGGGAAUGUGGACCGAACCUAG